UAUAAAAGGUAUCGCAAGCAAAGCGAUCUCAGUAUAACCAUCGGUAUAACGACACACCUUCACGACUACAAUACAAUAGGUGAGGACGACAGACAUUGGUGCAACAUGCCUCGUGCAGCAAAGAGGAAGGCAGCAGCGACCAAAGGUGGGGACAGUGCCUCCCCCGACCUCAGCAAGAUGACAGUGGCCCAGCUGAAACAGGAGUGCACAAAGCAAGGACUGGGCACAGCUGGAACCAAGGCAGUUCUGCUGAAAAGGCUACAGGAAAACACAGGGGCAGGUGGUAAGAAGGUGAAGACAGAGGACACUGCCCCCACCACAGCCAAGGCUGCAGCUGAGAAACUGAAGAAAGCUGACUCUCCUACUAAGAAGAAAGUGUACAAAGUGGAUUCCCCCUGCCCUCUUAAUGGGCGUGGACAGGUACAGGAUGACUAUGACUGCAUGUUGAACCAGACCAAUAUUGGGCACAACAACAACAAGUACUACAUCAUCCAGCUCAUAAGGACUGCUGGGGUAUCUCCCUAUUAUGUCUGGAACAGGUGGGGUAGAGUGGGAGAGCCAGGCCAGAGUGCCUUAAAGGGCCCGUGGGACUUGGAGACAGCCAAGAAGGAUUUCGAGAAGAAAUUCAAGGACAAGACAAAGAACGACUGGAGUAAGCGAGGCAGCUUUGUGCCUUUUAAAGGGAAGUACACCCUACUGGAGAUGGACACAGAGGAGACAGAUGAGGAUGAGCAAGAUACAGCUGAGAAGAUUGCCCUUCUGGAUCAACUGGAUGGCCCAUCGAAGAAUGUCCUCCCCUCCUCCCUAAACUCUCAAACUCAGAGUCUCAUCAAACUCAUCUUUGACAAUGACAUGUUCAAGGAACAAAUGGCAAAGAUGGAAAUAGAUGUGCGUAAGAUGCCACUGGGGAAACUCAGCAAGGCUCAGAUUGCCAAGGGUUUUGAGGUCCUGGAUGAGAUUGAGGAGGUACUGAAGACAGGCAGGACCAGUGGUCUGACUGAGCUGUCCUCGCGGUUCUACACGGUCAUCCCGCACGACUUCGGCCGCAGGGUGCCGCCGGUCAUCAACGACCAGGAGAAGCUGAGGAAGAAAAUGGACAUGUUACUGGUACUGGGUGACAUUGAGAUUGCCCAGGCCAUGCAGAAGGACAAGGACAAAGAUGACGGGUCCGAGGCCACGGAUGUCAAACAUCCUCUGGACUUGAACUACGACCUCUUGAACUGCGGCUUGGAGCUUCUGAAGCCCUCGUCUGAGGAGUUCAAAGUCAUCGAGAAGUACACUGAAGCCACCAAGUACUCCGGCUGGAGGGAUCCAAAGAUUUUGAAUGUGUGGAAAGUGGACAGGAGUGGGGAGGGAGAUCGUUUCAAAGAGCACGACCAUCUUGAGAACAGGAAGCUUCUGUGGCACGGCACAAAUGUUGCGGUGGUGGCAGCCAUCUUGAAAACCGGUCUGCGCAUCAUGCCGCACUCUGGCGGCCGUGUUGGGCGAGGAAUCUACUUCGCAUCGGAAAACAGCAAGUCUGCUGGAUAUGUGGGCUGUGCAUCAGGGAAUGUCGGGAUCAUGUUCCUGAAUGAAGUAGCUCUGGGAAAGGAGAAACGGAUCACCCGAGAUGACAGCAGCCUCACCAAAGCUCCCUCAGGGUUCGACUCUGUGGUGGCUGUCGGGCACAGGGAACCAGACCCCAAGAAGAACACGACCAUGAAGCUAGACGGCCGUACUGUGGUGGUUCCGCAGGGACAGCCCAUCAACCAGACAGAGGGACAGAGCAGCUCCUUCUCACAGAGUGAGUACCUGGUCUACAAGGAGAACCAGUGUCGCAUCCGCUACCUCCUCAAGAUGAAAUUUGGCAGUUAGGAGGGAUCAUCUUAUUUAUGUAUGUGUCAGUUUCACCUACAAGUAUGUGUUUUUUAGAUCUGCAGGUUUUUCAAUGUUUUAUACUUUUCUACUUACAGCACAGCAAGGUGCAAUUUUAUGAGAUUUUAGAUUUAUCAUUUGAUUUUGAUGAUUUUGAUGAUGAUUUUGCAGAAAAUGUACUUUGUUACAGGGUAUUUAUCACUAAUACUAUAAAAAUAGAAUAUGGACAUUUUAGAAUGAGAAUUUCAUAUUUUACGGAAUUUAAUGAUAUGAUGCUAAUAAUGAA